UAUGGGAAUGUUGGUUUCCUUAUUUGGUAGAUAAUUUUCACUGCUAGAUUAUGCCUUACGUAUGAUUGAUGUUUUGGACAAACUUUGUACCCAACCUCUACAUAUACCUGCAAAUAUGGAAUUUCAGAGGCAAUUCUACACCCAUAUAUCCAUUCUUGCCUUUCUUUCUUUUCUUUUCUUUGUUUUCUUUCUUUUUUCUAAUUGAGUUUUGAUUGUUAAUGAUGAUGGAAAAGCCAAGAGUAAUGAAAACGAUUAAUGAAGGAGGAGGCUCUCAAGAACGCUCCCUGGAACUGGAACCCUCCCUUUCUUUCAUGUCGUUUCCGCAACAGAAAAGCAACCUCAGAGUCGAUGCAUCUGCAGAUGAGGAUACAGAGAUAAGCAUUUUUGAUGCCCAGAGGUACUUCAAUGAAAGCAACAGCGAUGCAAGAGUGUGCAAAAGAGUGUCCCCGCUUAACAUGCCCAAUCUGGAUCGUAUUUCACCUGAGCCAGGGUGUGAUAUUUCUGGCUUGGCCAGAUUCUCAUCUGCCUCAUCAGCUGCUGACGGGUAUGGUUAUGGCAGGACGUACCGAGCUCGUUCCUUCCAUGCAACACCGACGGCUUCAUCAGAGGCUAGCUGGAAUAGCCAGACUGGUUUGUUGUCAAAUCCUCCUGGUGCCAUUGCAGUGUCUAUGACCAUGAAAAAUCCUACAUCUGAUGACAAGAGAAAAGCUUCUGGUAAAAUAAAAUGGUUUUGGGGGCGAAGGUGCCCCUGUUUGGGCAAGAAAUCCGUUCAAGUUGAGCCCAAAACACUCUUGAGAUUGAAUCAGAAACUCAAGGUAGAGGCUCAGAAAAGUUUGUGCACAAAAAGUUCAAGCUGGUGUACAGAUAAACGUGAAGAGAUGCUACUAGCCUGUAAUCCUUACAGGAUCUCAGCAGAGAAUAAUGAGUUUCAUUCAAGUUUAGGACAGCGUGUUGUAGCUUCAGCAACAACCAGACCCCUGAUGAUAAGUCAUGGUUCCGGGACUGCUGGGUUCACGUUUCCAAUACUUAAUCAACAACCAACAUCAUCCCACAUUAAAGUAGCAAUGAAUAGAUAUAAUAAUUCUCUUGACGAUCAUGAGGAUCCACCCCGAGACUCGUUGGAGGUGUUCCGACCUUCGGAGGAAUCAUCAUCUAUUUCUGUGUCAAAGAAACUGGUGUCCAGAAUCAACAUACCAGACGAUGAUGUUGGCAGUGAUACCAGCUCAGACUUGUUCGAAAUUGAGAGCUUCACCACAACCACAAUGAGCCAAACCACGUCAUAUCCAAUGUACCAUCGUCGAGAUUCGUUGGACGAUGCCUCGAACUUUAAUGCAAGAAGAUCGAUAGCAGCUGCAGGCAACGGGUCAGGUUUCGGGUGUCCGUAUCCUCCGAUGAUGAGGGAGUGUUACGAGCCGAGUGAGGCGAGCAUAGAGUGGAGCGUGACAACAGCAGAAGGGUUCGACAAAGGGUCUGUAGGCGUAUCAGAAGCGGAGGAGAUGACCAUGACAGCACAUGGGAAUGGUGGAAUGAAGAAAUCAGGUGGGAAUGGGGGGUUGUUGAGCUGUCGUUGCGAGAAGGCGGUGAGCGUGGGGCCUAAUCCGGUCAAAUACGUGCCCCCAGCUACUAAAUCAAAGCAUGUGGGCAAUGUGGACAAGCCACCGCUUGCCUGCUUGUCCCUUCCUUUUGCGGCAUAAAUCUUUUUCUUCUGUAUUUUCCUAUAUUUCGUGUGCUCUCUUUACUCUUCUUAUACAGAAAUAAUUGCCCAUGUUGUUGUGUAUUUUGCUAUAAAUCUUUUAUAAUUUUUUUUAAUAUUAAAUCUUUUUCACUUUAUUCACAACAUUAAUUGAGAAUCAACCAAU